GGAAUCCUCGCGUACUUUCCUUCCAUCUCAUCUCCUGUGUGGUCCGUUCAACUUUCUACAUUUGGUACUCCUGACAUCGUUGCCAGGUAUUCAAAAUCAGUUGAUCUCACUUUCGUGAAGAAUAACAAGAAAUCUAAAAUGACUGUUCGGUUUUCGUUACGACUCCCACCGGAGGAUUACCAGCAACUUCGCACUGGCUACCUCGUGCAGUCAUUAUCCUUAUACAAAGAUGUCGUUGAUUUUGAUGAUAUGGUCUUCUUUGAUGAGCUUGGCUUCCAACUUGCUGGGACCUUCGCAUCUGCUCCGUCAAGUUGUGAUCCACCGAGAUACCUACACGUCCCACCUCUUUCCCCUGAAUGGAUUGACAACAUGCCGUGCCUUCACUGGCCGUUGAAGGAUCGAUUGUUUUACUGGUCCUUUGACCGUAGUGGGAGGAUGGAGAUUGCAGAACAGGACUGGGAGAAGUAUGACAUUCCAAACCUGAAAGUAGUGACAUAUGUCGGGUCAAUAUGGUAUAAAGAGGAUUGUGGGUCAGUUCAGGAGUAUCUACAGCAUAACAAGUAUGACUUGGGUGGCCAACAGUUUGCCAAUGGCCAUGGGUAUCCUAUUCUAAUUAAAGGUGAUCCUCAUAUGGGUCAUAUCCAGGCAAAGUCAGAAGAGUCUGACGAAGAUUAGCAUGCAUACCGAAGAAUACAUUCAAGCUAAUUUAAAGUCAGGCAGUCAUUCUAUGUGUAUUCUGCUAAACCUUUGUUACGACUACACGAGAGAAAGGGGAAGGGCAACCGAUUGAAAGUCCACGAACCAAAUUCCCAGAUUGAUGCCCAAGCUGGUCGUAUCGUACAAACACC